AUGGCAAAGCGCUUGCAACCUUGCAGCCCGCUUCUCCGCGAUGUGGCCCAGACGAUGGACCGCAGUCACACGCGGAGCCCGCCGUCCUCUCCGUCUCCGCUCGACGACACGGCAUGGUCCGGACAUGCACCGCUGGCAGGCGACUGGGCCUCGGCAUGUAACUCGACGCCAACGUCGUCCCAUGGGACAGCAUCUCGAGAUCGUCCGUGCGCCAUGCUAGCCCGGAUCGUGAGUGAGUAG